AUAUAUUAAGAGUAAAAGAUAAUUACCAAGUAAUUGUCAGAGAUAGAGGGAUAUAGAUAUAAUUAAAUAUACACUUGCAUAUAUAUAUAUAUAUAUAUAUAUAUAUAGUGUUUUAAAGAUAGAUUGAAGUUUUGCUUUUUCCCUUUCGCUUGUCUUACCUGUUCGCUUUACCUGAGCGAUGGAGUUGAUUACGAUUGCGGGACAACUAUAUGUCUCUUUAAUUAUACUUCUAUUUGGUCUGUUUACCACUGACGCCCUUGUACGGAAAGUGAUCAGUACAAAUGAAGAUGGAUUGGAUUAUCUUUCACAAUUUGGCUACCUCACACCACAAAGUCCAGAGACUGGAAACUUGAGGACCGAUAAGUCCAUGGAGGAUGCUAUCAGGCAGUUUCAACGCAUGGCUGGUAUCACAGUUACAGGCAAAAUAGAUUUAGAAACAAAAAGGGUGAUGCAAUUACCUCGAUGUGGCGUAGCAGAUCGAAUCACAUACGGAAACUCUGCUCGCAAAAAACGGUAUACAAUACAAGGUAAGUUUGCUGUUACUCACAAAUAG